GCUGGUUUUUUUUCAGCGCCAUUAUAACUUCGAAUAGUCACUAAAUGAAAAGUUGCAAGUCGAGGACUGCUGUAAUAUUAAAAAUGAGUUUGGGUGGUUGUGUUUGCUGGCACGUAGGUUCAUUCUUGCUUCUCAGAAUUAAAUCUGUCUACGAAAAUCAAGAAGCGAAGUUCAGUGACACUAACCUUGGCUUUCAUUUCAUCCAGCCAUUCUUUGCGUUCACUUACAAAGAGAAAUUUCCUACUAACGGUUGGAAGGUUUAUGAUCCGGUGGCAGAGUAUAAAAGACAGGGUUUACCCAACGAGAGCUGGAAAAUAUCCAAAAUUAACAGCAUGUAUGAAUUUUGUGACACAUAUCCUGCCGUUCUUGUUGUGCCAACCAGCGUCAAAGAUGAAGAUCUCUCCCGGGUGGCUGCUUUUAGAGCGAAAGGCAGAGUUCCAGUGUUAUCCUGGAUUCACCCCGAGAGCCAGGCCACCCUCACUCGAUGCGGCCAGCCUCUCAUCGGGCCAAACGACAAACAGUGCAAAGAGGACGAGAAGUUCCUACAGACCAUCAUGGACGCCAACGCUCAGUCUCACAAGCUUUUCAUUUUCGAUGCAAGGCAAAUAAGCGUUGCCGACACCAACAGGGCCAAAGGCGGUGGGUACGAAAGCGAAAGUGGCUAUCCCAACAUGGAAUUGAUCUUUCUGGAAAUCCCGAAUAUACACGUGAUGAGGGAAUCGCUGCGUAAACUGAAAGAAAUCGUGUACCCCACCAUCGAUGAGUCCCGGUGGCUGUCCAACGUGGAGAGUACGCACUGGCUGGAGUACAUACGGAUGCUUCUGUCUGGAGCUGUGAGAAUUGCUGACAAAAUUGAAUCGGGAAAAACCUCGGUGGUCGUACAUUGCAGCGACGGUUGGGACCGUACCACUCAGUUGACUUCCUUGGCGAUGCUCAUGCUGGACAGCUACUACCGGACCAUCAAAGGCUUCGAGGUCCUCUUGGAGAAGGAAUGGAUGAGUUUCGGCCAUCGCUUUGCCAUGCGAGUCGGACAUGGAGACGAUGAUCACGCAGAUGCUGAUCGAUCCCCUGUCUUCCUACAGUUCAUAGAUUGUGUCUGGCAAAUGACAAAGCAGUUCCCAGCCGCCUUCGAAUUCAACGAGUUGUUUUUGAUCAACAUUUUGGAUCACCUAUACAGCUGUUUGUUUGGCACCUUUUUGUACAACUCGGACCAUCAGCGAGUAAAAGAGGAGAUAAACACCAAAACUGUCUCUCUCUGGUCCUACAUCAAUAGCCAGGCGGAAGAAUUCAGUAACCCUUUCUACGUCAACUACAAGAACCACGUUCUCUAUCCAGUAGCCAGUUUAAAUCAUUUGGAAUUGUGGGUCAACUACUACGUACGUUGGAACCCCCGAAUGAGGCCCCAGAUGCCAAUUCACCAGAAUCUGAAAGAACUCCUCGCCCUCCGAACCGAACUUCAAAAGAGGGUGGAAGAACUGCACCGGGAGGCCGCAAAGCGCUCCAUCUCGUCUUCCUCCGAGCGAGGGACUUCUCCCGCCAUCUCCCCUGUCCACACUUCUGUCUGACCGACCCAGCGAGACCACGAGGUUUACUAGACACGUUACCCGCUGCCAGAAACCCUCCCUCCCUCCCGCCGGUGUUAUUUGGGGAGCGGGGGGGGCGGAGGGCUUAGGGGGAGGAGAUCCCCCCCUUUUUCCUCGGUGUCUGUUACAGCAAAGCCAAAAGCAUUUCCUUGCAGUAUGUGGAGUGGUGGUUGCUCAUCUCCUUCUUACCUCUCCCUUUUUCGUUGGUUGUUUUGCUUUUUUUUAAACGUGGAGCGUUUCUGAGUCGAUAGCCAAACUCUUUUUUUAACUUCUUGUU